AUGUGUACAUACAUCAUUUAUGUAAUAUCCCUUCUCGCUGUCCUUAUAUUUUCGGUUGAAACGCCCCUGGCCGAGAGACGUGCUGCGGAUCUGAAUCACCUCGAGUUAGGUACUAGUACUACAAGCACUACCUCCUCGGUCCGAAACUCGAACCGUCUGAUAUUACAUCUCGCCGAGCUGCGGUAUAAUUUCGAAUCCUCAUGGAUUUCUCCUGGUCCACUCCUCUUCGGCGGAAUGCUCACUAACUUGCCUUUAAUUCCAAACGAAAUAUAUCUUGCAAUUUUUGAGUGCAUAACACCAACAGAUCACCCACUGGAAAGGCAAUACAUUAAAACAUUCUCAGCCCUCGCACUGGUGUGCCGUUUUUUCUGCUCCGUUGCGUUGCCGCGUCUCUUCGAACAUGUUACAUUUUCGGGCUAUGUGACGAACGGUAACAGGAUGCGGCGCAAGACCAAAUGGGCCAGACAAAUCGCGGCAAAUACUAAGUCGGCCAAGUCGAUCGCACUAUACGUCAAGGAGUGCAAUUUCAAAUUUUGGUUUUUUACAAGGGGCCCAGAUCAUUGGGAUGCGCUAGCAGAAUUGAAGCAGCUCGACGUCCUUGAGUUUUACAUUUGCUCCUUCAUAGAAGAUCCGCCUGAUAAAGAAUUGACCGUUCGCACCGUCAAGCUCGUUGAUACAAGACGCUCUUUAACUACCUUCACCCUUCGCCCAAUCGCAACUACUUCCAUGCGCUCGCUCACUGCAGAUGAUGUAGAGGCAGUCCUGAAGAUCGUGGCCUUUCGUCAGCUUGCCAUCGACAAUUUGGUUCUUAAUCAAGCAAUUUUUGACGUGGAACCACUACUUCAAGUGUUUCGGCAUCUGCCUGACCUCCAAAGCUUAAGUUUUGGGCUCAAAGGAAAUGCAGCCCCUUCGCUCCUCAUCAGCAAGCUUUCACUGAAAAAGCUCUUCACUCGCUUGCAUUCUCUCACUAUAAAGGUGGUUGAUGAUUGGGAAGUUGUGCCGCGGCACGAUUUUGAGAUGCUGGUAUCUGCUCUUUGUGAUGGACCUGGUACUCUUCCUAGCUUGCAGGAACUCAACAUUUCAGAUGAUGGAUGGACAAUAGCGAUCGAUAUCAUCUCUGACCGCUUGAACGGGACAAUAAUCCCUGCAUUUCCCAAUAUGAGGUGCAUCAAUGUUGAUAAUGGUUUCAUACGCUUGGAAGAAGGUGACUGGAAAGUGCACUACUUUAAAUAG